AUGAACGAACCGUCGAAUAUGAGCGAAAGCCCCGGUCACAUUAUCUUGACGGAUUCUCGUGGUACCACAACUUUGAACCUGCCCGACGUUAGUGAUGGCGUGGUUGGUUUCGAGACGAAGGGGGUCUUGGAUGAAACCAUGACAGUCCAAAGAGCUCCUACCAGACCCGAACAAGUAUGGGUCCUCAUCCAAGAGGGCGUCACCGCGCGGGUCUGGUUCGGUGAACCACCAUUAACGCCUCUGAAGGGGGUAGACCUCUUAACCACAAAAGUCAAGUUAAUCCGCAAAACAGAGGAAGUUGGCUUCAUUGAGUCUAAUACCGAGGACAUGCGGUCGGUACUCGAGAGCACUUGGGUGGGUUCGACUGAGGUGUUCCACAUCACGCCUGAUGCGACCACCGACAACGGCUAUCUGGAUGUUGUCUAUGCGAAAUGGAAUCCUACCCUCGUGGUGGAGCAUAAGGGGGCCAGCAUGAUUGUCGUUGCGGAUGUAGAAGAUCAUUUGGUGCUCUCCUGCGUUAAAGGAGAAAACAACCUGGCGCAAGAUGAGGAACUCUUCAAACAUGUUGAUGAUUGCUCUAUUUGCUUAGAGCAAUACGACGAGGAGCAUCUUGCCGUUCGUCUUCACUGUGGGCACUACUUCGGCGAGGCGUGCAUUCUGCGUGUAAUCGAGCGCCUGUCAGACACUCAACCUCGGUGUCCUAAUUGUAGGGCAUGGAUUCACGGGGCUUGA